CUCGGGGGAGCGGGAGGCGGAGUCGCAGCUGCAGUAGCCGCAGCCGCGGCUCGUCAGGCCCGGGAGCGCCAUGGCCCAGGCCAGGAUCAGCGCUAAGGCCAGCGAGGGACAGCCGGCGGGGCAGCUCCGCGGGCGCUUCUUCCGCUCCACCUCCAUGGCCGACUGCUCCGGCCGCCUGCUGCAGAACCUAGACCAGCUGGAGCUCAGGGUUGAAGCCUUGCGUGAUGCAGCCUCUGCUAUGGAACAAGAAAAAGAAACCCUGCUAGAAAUGAUCCACAAUAUACAGAACAGCCAAGAUAUGAGGCACAUCAGUGAAGGUGAAAGAGAAGAACUUUGCCUGACUGCCAGUCGUCUGAUGGACCGAACCCUCAGUGUUGAGGUUUCUGUAGAAACAAUACGAAACCCACAGCAGCAGGAAUCCCUUUUGCACGCCACAAGGAUGAUUGAUGAAGUAGUCAAUAAACUCCUUGACGAUCUGGAAGGUUACAAAAGCCGUUUAAUGUCACUUUAUGGUGCAUGCACAUCUGAGGUACCAUCUGGACCCAUUGAUCACAAAUUUCAGUCUGUUGUAAUUGGAUGCGCUAUUGAAGAUCAAAAGAAAAUCAAAAGGAGACUAGAGACUCUGCUUAGAAAUCUAGAAAACUCUGAAAAAUCAAUCAUGUUGUUAGAACGUCCAAAAUCAACUGUCCAACAGCUGUGCAACAACGAACAGGGUUAAAGUAGUACUAGCUAUUUGGGCAGAUCAAAGUUAAGUCUCCAUAAAGAAUGCACGGAAUGCAAAGAAAAUGUUACUUUUUAGCACUAAACUAAUAAUACUUUAGAGUGCUGGGUGCAAAUAUGAAAUAAAUACUGACAGCACUGCCUUAGGUAUCAGAAAGAACAUAGAUAUUUUCUUUCACAGUGGAGAUGUGAUCUAAGAAUGCAAAUCCGUCUGCUCUUCUAGACUUGAACUUUAUUGGUAUUGCUGCCGCAAAUUGUAAUUAACGUACUUCUGCUGCACUCUUAAAGCUAAUCUAAUUUUUCUCUUAGGUUUUUGAAAACUUAAGCUGUUGUGUCAUGUACUAAGAUUUCACCUCGCACAUUUUUUCCCCUUUGGUGAAUACUCUGUGUGAAACAGACUUAUGGGAAA